UCAAGAACUCAAAAAAGAUAAAGCUCUCAUUUUACUCUUGUGUGUGUGUAAAAUUGAGGUGGUGGGAUUUCAAUGUUAGUCCAAGAUCGUGAAGAUGGUGUUUCUAAAUCACCAAAAGGACCAAAACCCAUUAGAGAAAGAUCAUCAAUUCCUCUAUCAAGAACCCCAAAUCGUUUCAAUGGAGCCAAGAAUCUUGAUUUUUCCACAUGGGUUUCUGAAAAUCUUUACAAAAUCCUCACCAUUUUGCUCUUAAUCUCCACCAUUGCUAUUUUUUUCUACCUUCGUAGUGCUGCUGGUGACACCACUACUCUCCUCUGCUUACAGUCAACUCAAACUCACUCCAUCAGACCUGAAUUCCCCAAAAUCAACUGGAAUAACAUACCAGCUAUCUUAGAUAAGUCUACUCCUUACGCAAAUUUUCGAUCUGAGAAAUGGGUUGUGGUUUCUGUUUCAGAUUACCCGUCGGAUUCGCUUAGAAAGCUUGGGAGGAUCAAAGGGUGGCAGGUUCUUGCAGUUGGGAACUCGAAAACCCCUAAAGAUUGGAACUUGAAAGGUACAAUUUUCUUGUCUUUGGAAAUGCAAGCGAAGUUAGGAUUCAGGGUUGUAGAUUACUUGCCUUAUGAUUCUUAUGUUAGAAAGACUGUUGGUUAUUUGUUUGCUAUACAACAUGGUGCUAAAAAGAUUUUGGAUAUGGAUGAUCGUGGUGAUGUGAUUGGUGAUGAUAUUGGUAAACAUUUUGAUGUUGAAUUGAUUGGUGAGGAUGCUAGGCAAGAAGUGAUUUUGCAAUAUAGUCAUGAUAAUCCUAAUAGGACUGUGGUGAACCCGUAUAUCCAUUUUGGGCAACGGUCUGUUUGGCCGAGAGGUUUGCCAUUGGAAAAUGUGGGUGAAAUUGGACAUGAGGAGUUUUAUACUGAGAUUUUUGGUGGAAAGCAGCUUAUCCAGCAAGGGAUCUCGAAUGGUUUACCGGAUGUGGAUUCAGUGUUCUAUUUUACUAGGAAGGCAGGGUUUGAAGCAUUUGAUAUUAGAUUUGAUGAGCAUGCCCCGAAAGUGGCAUUGCCCCAGGGUAUGAUGGUUCCGGUUAAUUCAUUUAAUACGCUUUUUCAUUCAUCUGCAUUUUGGGGUUUGAUGCUCCCAGUUUCUGUUAGUACAAUGGCUUCUGAUGUUUUAAGAGGAUAUUGGACACAGAGACUGUUAUGGGAGAUUGGUGGGUAUGUUGUGGUGUAUCCUCCCACUAUCCAUCGGUAUGAUAGAAUCGAGGGAUACCCUUUUUCAGAAGAGAAAGAUCUACACGUGAAUGUUGGCCGUUUAACAAAGUUUUUGGUAGCGUGGAGAUCCAGUAAACACAGGUUGUUUGAAAAGAUUUUGGAGUUAAGCUAUGCAAUGGCUGAAGAAGGCUUUUGGACAGUGCAAGAUGUCAAGUUCACUGCUGCAUGGCUUCAAGAUCUGCUUGCUGUUGGGUACAUGCAGCCUCGGCUAAUGUCUUUAGAGUUGGAUCGGCCAAGGGCAAGCAUAGGCCAUGGUGACAGGAAGGAAUUUGUACCUCAGAAGUUGCCAUCUGUGCAUCUUGGGGUAGAAGAGAUUGGUACAGUGAAUUAUGAAAUCGCCAAUUUGAUUAAGUGGAGGAAGAAUUUUGGCAAUGUUGUGCUCAUAAUCUUUUGUAGUGGACCAGUUGAACGUACUGCCUUGGAGUGGAGAUUGCUAUAUGGCAGGAUAUUUAAGACAGUUAUCAUAUUGUCUGACCAGAAGAAUGUAGAUCUUGCCGUUGAGAAAGGAAAUUUGGAUUAUAUGUACAGGUAUGCACCAAAGAUAUUUGAUAGAUACACUAGUGCAGAAGGCUUUCUAUUUCUCCAGGACGAUACUAUCCUUAAUUACUGGAACUUGCUUCAAGCAGACAAGUCAAAGCUCUGGAUAGCAAACAAGGUAUCCAAGUCAUGGCAUGCUGUUCCAGUAGCUAACAAAUCGGACUGGUUUGUGAAGCAAGCAGACGUUGUUAAGAAAGUGGUAGCAACAAUGCCGGUACAUUUGCAAGUCAAUUACAAAGAGUCAAUGAAAAGUGACGAGACCUUGACGAUAUGCAGUUCGGAGAUAUUCUACAUCCCCCGUCGUUUCGUAUCCGACUUUGUCGACCUCGUUAAUCUAGUAGGGAAUCUAGACAUGCAUCAUAAGGUUGCAAUGCCAAUGUUUUUUACGGCUAUGGAUUCUCCACAGAAUUUCGAUUCUGUAUUGAAUUCAAUGAUUUACAAGAAGAAGCCUCCUGGCAAUUUAACGACAUUCUAUUCAGCUGAGGCGCCUGCAAUCCACCCAUGGAAAGUGUCAAGUGAGCAAGAGUUCAUAAAGCUGAUCAGAGUUAUGGCAGCAGGUGACCCCCUUUUAAUGGAGUUGGUAUAGUGUAAUGAUAGAUACUCUUAAGAGUCUCACAGGGAAAAUGUAAAACAUGUAAAGUUUAUGUGCAGCUGAAUUCUACUAUUCUUUUGCACCAUUCAUUAGUAGGGGGGAAUGGGGUGAAAGAAAAGGUUUUGUGCUCUUGUAGAUUUUUGUUGUAAUACUGUUUUAACUCUUAAAAAUUUUGUGGCAAAGAGAAUUGAAGGAGAAAACAGUGCAAACUUUCUUCUGAUUUUCAUUUUGCUUUUGAAUA